AUGUAUAUCAUUAGAAGCUCAGGAACAUCUGGUGGUGAGAGAAAGAUGAUGCCAGCAAUUGAAGAAGAUUUUGGAAGAAGAUAUUUGAUAUUUAGACUAUUAAUGCCAAUAAUGAAUCAAUUUGUUCCUGACCUAGAUAAAGGAAAAGGAAUGUACCUAAUGUUUACAAGAAAUGAAUCUAAAACACCAGGAGGCAUUAAAACUAGUGCAGCCCUCACAAGAUUUUACAAAAGUUCUCAUUUUUUAAACAGAUCUUACAAUCCAUUCACAAGUCCAAAUGAAACUGUUCUCUGUCUUGACUCAUACCAAAGUAUGUAUUCACAACUUCUAUGUGGUCUUUGUCAAAACAACGAGGUCCUUCGUGUCGGUGCUGUUUUCGCUACAAGUCUCAUUCACGCUGUUCGGUUCCUCGAGAAAAAUUGGUCACUUCUCUGCGAUGAUAUAAGAACAGGAACAAUUAAUCCUCUCAUCACUGACAUUUCAGUGAGAGAGGCUGUUAUGAAAAUUCUUAAAUCUGACAAAAAUCUUGCUGAUUUUAUUCAGAGUGAGUGUAGCAAGGGUUCUUGGCAAGGUAUUAUUACUAGGUUGUGGCCUAAUACUAAGUAUGUUGAUGUUACUGUGACAGGAUCAAUGUCACAGUAUAUUCCUACUUUGGAUUACUAUUGUAAUGGUCUUCCACUUGUAUCUAACAUUUAUGCUGCUAGUGAAGGUUUCUUCGGUGUUAACCUUAAUCCUCUUUGUAAACCAUGUCAUGUGUCUUAUACCCUUAUCCCUACCAUGUGCUACUAUGAGUUCUUACCUGUUAAUAGAAGUAAUGAUCCUGUGAAUGAGAAAGAACAACAAGAGUUGGUGGAUCUUGUUGAUGUCAAGCUUGAUCAAGAAUAUGAGCUUGUUGUUACCACUUAUUGUAACAAUGGAGGCCAAACUCAAAAAGUGGUUCUCACCGACUAAUUGUAAGAUGUACUUAUUUGGAAGAUUAACUGGACUGGCCAUAAGCCACAAAGUUAUGAGAGAGUGAGGUUAUAGUCAUUUUUCAAUUCUGUUUUCCUAACUAAUUAACUCUCACAAUUUUCACUUAACCGAAAUUUAACAAACAUUAACAGUCAUAACAGAAUUCAAAACAACCUACUAACUGAUAGCAGACUUAACUCAAGUAAGAAAUCUAACAGAAACUUAACUCCAUCCUAACAGAAAUUCAGUAAUCACCAAACAGUUCGCUAAUAGCAGUCCACAAUAAAAGCAUAUCAUGGUUUCAUUUAAGUCAUAACAACUCAACAUUAACAUUAAC